GGGCGCUAGGACCGCGCAGCGCAGCGCCGCAGAGCAUCAGCGUCUCUUUGUUCGGUGUGUGCAACAUCUUCUCGCGCUCCGCAGUGAAUCUCGCGUUCCUCCUCAUCACUGCUACACUGGUUUGGAUGAUUGCAGUGGCAGCAACAUGGCUGUGAAUCUCAGCAAGAACAGACUUCCCCUCUUAACAGCCUACCAGGACGUUAUCAGCGAGACGUCGGCAACCGACUGGGCCUUAUACACAUAUGAAGAUGACAGUAACGAUUUGAUCCUGUCUGCAUCAGGAGAAGGCGGUCUGGCAGAGAUUGCAGUAACCUUCGAUAACAGCCGGAUCAUGUACGGUUUCUGCAGCCUGAAGGAGCCCAGCGCAGCCCUGCCUCGCUACAUCCUCAUCAACUGGGUUGGUGAGGAUGUGCCUGAUGCCAGGAAGUGUGCAUGUGCCAGUCAUGUAGCCAACAUAGCCGAGUUUUUCCAGGUGGGUCUCUCCAAGGGUGUUGACAUCAUCGUGAACGCCAGCACCAUGGACGACAUCGACCCCUCAGCCAUCGGACAGAGGCUGACCAAUGGGACGGCUCCAGUGGCAAGUCCAGUUCUAAGCCGCCUGCGAAUGAGAGACGAGGAGAACGCUGAGCACGUUGGCACCACCUACGAGAAAACAAAUGCAGAGACUGAGAUGAAGAAAAUCAAUCGAGAGGAGUUCUGGGAACAAGCCAAGCGGGAGGAGGAGUUGAGAAAGGAGGAAGAGAGAAAGAAGGCUGCAGAGGACCGGCAGCGCUUUGAAGCGGAGAGGAUGGAGCUGGAAAAAAAAGAGCAAGAGGAAAGAGAGAAGCGGUACCGUGAGAGGGAGCGGCAGAUUGAGGAACAGAGGAAGAAGAUGCAAGAGGAGGAAGAGGCCAAAGAGAGGUCAAGGAAUCAACCCUUGAUUGUAAGAACGGAGCCCAGUGGUGAAGACCCUUCCCUGGACAAAAAGGAAACAGAGGUUGAGGAAGCAGCAGCCAUCAUUGCCCAAAGGCCAUGUAACCCGCGUGAAUUCUUCAAGCAGAGAGAGAGGGCCACAGCCAACAGCGUGGACGUUUCACCAGUCACCACGCACAGGACCGGCCGCUUGGACAGUCCAUUCUUGAGGCAGCAGCACAGUCCAUCCGAUUGCAGCCCGUCCCCUUCUCGCACUCCGCCCUAUUCACGGCGGCAGCCAGGUCAACCUGAUGACUCUACUGAAGGAAUCCUGGAGCGCAGCAUGACCACUGGAUGUACUCCCAUCCCCAAAAUUGCCAUUCAGGAGGAGAAAGAGGACUUCAUUCGAAAGGAGUUUGCCUUUGACACUCCAAAGCAAACUCCAGUGCAGGAAUCCGGCUUCGUCAAGACCUCUCCAAGUGUUUCCCCCCAGCCCAGUAGCACUGCUCCAUUAUCCAGCACAGACGACAGCCUGCUAGACUUGUGGGACAGUGGCCCGGCACCCGCUACGGCCCCUUCCCAGGCCCCCAGCCACAUUAUGGACCUGAUGGAGGACACCCCGGAGCCUCAUCUUGCCAGCUCCUCCCCUGCUCUCCCGCAGCCACUCCUGAGCUUCGAUGAGGUGCCCGACACCCCCUACUGCACCGUCACAGAAGACGACCCCUCCAGCCUGGUGGAUGUGGAUGUGGCUGGACCCCUCCAGAUGACCCUGAGUUACCAGCAGGCCCUGCAGCAUGCUUCUGGCUCUGACAGCCAGGACCUGGAUGAUGGACAGCUGCUGUUGACCAAUGGAGACACGCUGCUUAAAGAAGGGACCCAGGCCAGUGAAGGCUACUUCAGCCAAUCACAGGAGGAGGAUUUCGCCCAGUCAGAUGACUGCACUGCAAAAGUCAACCCAACACCAGUUUUUUAUAACAAACCACCAGAAAUCGACAUAACGUGCUGGGAUACAGACCCGGUGAUGGAAGAUGAUGAUUAGGGGCGACUGAAGGAAAAAGAGGCGACACCUCUAUGAAAACUUAUUUUACAACAGUCUUGCAUCAAAAUGUUUUAGAUAAAAAAACAACAAUAAAAUCAACAUUAGCCACAGAAGAAAAGGACUCGGGUUAUUGUUAAAGAUGCCAGUGGGUAUGAGCGCUCUCGGUUCGUGUAUGUGUGCAUGAGUGUGUUUAUUAUUUAUUUCAAUCUUUUUUUUUUUCUAUGCAGAGUAUAGCACAGUGUGUCUUUAGCGCCCACCUGUGUUGAAUCGAUCCCUGUGCCUAACAGGUGUGUGUAGUAGCAGAUUAGACCGUUCUGUUUUAGUUUCUAUCUUUUAGUUCCUUUAUCAACAAUGAGCUUAGGUCUGCUCAGUGAUUCAGUCAAGUUCCCUAAAGUCUUAGUUGUUUAGUUGAAUAACGUGUUUGAGUAUUAUGCCCACACGGACCUUUGCUUUGAUGACCUUUGUCGAAGCAAAGGCAUGUCAGAACUCGAUCUUAGCUUCAGUUGCGUCAAUUGUAUUUAGCAAAUGGGAAAUGGAGGGGGUUUAUGUGAUUACGAAACAAUUUUGUGUUGUGCCAAUUAUUUUGAGUAUGACGUGUCGGUGUAACGGCCUUUUAGGACUUUAGUGCCAGGUGGCAUAUGUAUAUUUUGACUACAUAUGAGACAGUGUGUAUAAACAAUGGCUGAAACUGACUUUUUUUUCUUUUCAUUUUUAAAAAAACUGCAAUAGAGCUUCGAUUUGUUGAGAAAGUUAGGCAAUAACAGUCAUAGUGGACUCCAUUGGGUAUUGUUUUAGUUAGAUAUUCGGUAGCGUGCAUGUUUGUAUUAUUAUUGGAAAGGCUAAGGCCUGAAACAUACUCUACGUAAGUAUGCAAAUGCUGACGCGAAUACAAGUCUGUAGUCCCGCUAUAUAUAUUGCCAUGCAACCUUACUUUGGUGUUAAAAUCUCAGUAGAGUAAAAUGAACAUUUUGUCAUUCUGUUGUGCAGAAUAAAGUACGUCAUACAGUUUUGGAACAACAUGAGGGUGAAUAAAUGACAGAAUGUUUGUUUUUGGGCGAACUAAACCUUUAAGAAGCUAAAAUAUUUACCUUCAAAUCACUAUUAUUCAAAUAUCUAGCUAUUAAAGUGCAGCUUACCAGGAUUUAAACUGUCACUCCAUUAUGACAGUAGUCAACGUAUUAUGGUAGUUUCUGUCUUACAAAAGUCAGUUUAUGCUAAUGCUAGCUAUAGCACCCCAUGUGGCAGUGCUAAGAAUGCUGUGCUUAGCGUUCUAAGCGUUCAUUGCAUCCUUCUAACACAUAAUAGCAACAUGACACGAGCGGAAUCAAAGUAUUUGCAUUAAUAUUCUUGCGUAGAGUAUGGUUUCAAACUUUUUUUUUUAUUUUGACGUGACUUUGAACCUUUUAAAUUAGUUUUAUGCUCAAAGGGAAGGAAACUUCUUAUAAUCUUAGAUUUCAAGCCACGUUAACCCGUAUUAUUGAAAUAUAAUAUUAAUAUGCUUAUGAGCUUAUUUUUAGGUUGUUGCUAGUUAACCCAGGAAUAUCUUUUUAGAGUAAUGUGACCUUAGCAAGUCCAGCAAUUUGUAAAGACAUUUUUAUGAACCUUAAAUUACUGCAAACCUUUUAACAAAAUUUGGAUUUGCAACUGACUUUUACACAUAGACAAAGGCAGGGACACGUUGCCUUGCUCAAGGGCAGAACUGAGAGAUUAUCUCACUUAUUCAACAAUGACUCAGCCUGUAAUCUUUGUUGUAUCAGCCCACAUCCUUGACUGCUAAGUUAUCACCACCACCCACUGUCCCGGCCUUGACUGACCACUGUCUUCCUCAUACCCUUAGUCAAGUUGUAAAGCGGCAUCAUAACAUCUCGGUUUUACAUCGGAUUUUUGGAGUGGAAAAGCAAGCAAUAAGACUAAACCAAUAGUAUUGUUCUGUAAAUAGCGCUACUUUUGUGCUCAUUUAAAAUAUACUACAAUCACUAACCUUUAUUGAUUCACCACCCAUGAAAAACAGGGGAUGGCGUACGUUUGGAUUGGGUUUCUUAUGUUUCUUUGGUGAGAGAGAAAAAGGUCGCUCAGUAUGAAACCUAAUAGGAAGUAACUGCAUCUUUAACAGUAACUUAGCCCCUUUUGAAAUAACUUCAGUGUAUUCCUGUUCACCCUCCUACCUCCUUAGUAGUGAUUAUUACUCUCUCUCUCCCUCAAACUACUAGGAGACUACUACUACUACCACUAAUAUUAUUACUACUACUGUUCUACUACAGUCAUUUCUUCUUUGCCCCUGAAGCAAGGCUUAGCGACUCCUGAAAAUCCUUUUUUAAUUCUUUUUUUUUUCUAUCUCUUCCUUUUUCCGUCCGCUUCUCACACGCUGUUUUUGAAACAAGCACAAGAUCUUUUGUGACAUGCUACGUGCUUAUGUAUGUUAAUAAAAGACUUUGAAAUCCUUCA